CCUCCCACCGCCGUCACGUCUAAGUCAGAGUCUCCCAAAGAGCCUGAACAGCUGCGGAAGCUCUUCAUCAGAGGUCUGAGCUUUGAAACAACCGAUGAGAGUCUGAGGAGCCAUUUUGAGCAAUGGGGAACACUUAUGGACUGUGUGGUAAUGAGAGAUCCAAACACCAAGCGCUCCAGAGGCUUUGGGUUUGUCACAUAUGCCACUGUGGAGGAGGUGGAUGCAGCCAUGAAUGCAAGGCCACACAAGGUGGAUGGAAGAGUUGUGGAACCAAAGAGGGCUGUCUCAAGAGAAGACUCUCAAAAACCUGGUGCCCACUUAACUAUUGUCAUUCAAAAAUACCAUGCUGUGAAAGGCCACAACUGUGAAGUAGGGAAAGCGCUCUCUAAGCAAGAGAUGGCUAGUGCCUCAUCCAGCCAAAGAGGUCAAAGUGGUUCUGGAAACUUUGGUGGUGGUCGUGGAGGUGGUUUUGGUGGGAAUGACAACGUUGGUCAUGGAGGAAACUUCAGUGGUCGAGGUGGCUUUGGUGGCAGUCGAGGUGGUGGUGGAUAUGGUGGCAGUGGGAAUGGCUAUAAUGGAUUUGGUAAUGAUGGAAGCAACUUUGGAGGUGGCGGAAGCUAUAAUGAUUUUGGCAAUUACAAGAAUCAAUCCUCAAAUUUUGGACCCAUGAAAGGAGGCAAUUUUGGAGGCAGAAGCUCUGGCCCUUAUGGUGGUGGAGGCCAAUACUUUGCCAAACCAUGAAACCAAGGUGGCUAUGUUGGUUCCAGCAGCAGCAGCAGCUACAGCAGUGGCAGAAGGUUUUAAUUACUGGUAGGAAACAAAGCUUAGCAGGAGAGGAGAGCCAGAGAAGUGACAGGGAAGCUACAGGUUACAACAGAUUUGUGAACUCAGCCAAGCACAGUGGUGGCAGGGCCUAGCUGCUACAAAGAAGACAUGUUUUAGACAAUACUCAUGUGUAUGGGCAAAAAAAUUCAAGGACUGUA